ACAGGUUGGAGCAGCAGACUGGCUGUGUCGGGCGGACUCAGCGCCACAGCAGACGCCUUCCUGGAGGAGUAACGCUACGCUUUCAUCUUUUUACGGAUUUUAUACAUAGAAAAAUGGGGAUUUGUUUUGUUCCAUGUUUGUAUCACCUCGGCUCGGUGUGAAACCGGGAAUAGGAAGAGUGAAACCCCGCUGGAAGAAGCUGCUUUUACCUCGCAAAGAAACGCCAACAAAGAGCCUGCAAGGAAGUAACGUGAACGUGAACGUUAACGUUAGCCUGGCGACGCGACGCAAGUAAGUUAGCAACAGACCCAAAGUACCGCGCGGACCCGUCCACCAUGGCUUACAGCAGACUGCUUCGCGCCGUUUUGACUUUACUGUUUUUGAUGCUGUUUGUGAACGUGGGGAUCUAUCGAGUCAACGGGCAGUACGGCGGCGGGGACCGAGGAAUGUCUAUACCGGAGCACGGAUUUUGCCAGCCCAUUUCCAUCCCGCUGUGUACGGACAUCGCGUACAACGAGACCAUCAUGCCCAACCUGCUCGGCCACACCAACCAGGAGGACGCCGGGCUGGAGGUGCACCAGUUCUACCCGCUGGUUAAAGUCCAGUGCUCUCCGGAUUUAAAGUUCUUCCUCUGCUCCAUGUAUGCGCCCGUGUGCACGGUGCUCGAGCAGGCGCUGCCUCCGUGCCGCUCUCUGUGCGAGCGCGCGCGCCAGGGCUGCGAGGCGCUCAUGAACAAGUUCGGCUUCCAGUGGCCCGACAGCCUCGCGUGCGAGACCUUCCCGGUACACGGCGCGGGAGAGCUGUGUGUCGGGCAAAACAUGACCGACCGGCCCGAGCCGGACGGCCCCGCGCCGUACCCCACCGAGCGUCCGCCUCCUGGCCCCGCGAACGGUCAGUUCAGCUGCCCGGCCUCGCUCAGGGUGCCCCCCUACCUGAACUACCGCUUCCUCGGCCAGGAGAACUGCGGCGCUCCCUGCGAGCCAAAGAGAUCUCACGGGAUGAUGUACUUCAGCGAGGAGGAGCUAAAAUUCGCCCGGAUAUGGAUCGGGAUCUGGUCGGUUCUGUGUUGUGCGUCCACCCUGUUCACAGUGCUGACCUAUCUGGUGGACAUGAAGCGCUUCAGCUACCCGGAGCGGCCCAUUGUCUUCCUCUCUGGCUGCUACACCAUGGUGUCCAUCGCCUACAUCACUGGGUUUCUGCUGGAGGACAAGGUGGUUUGCAAUGACAGGUUCGACAACGACAUCAGGACUGUGGUGCAGGGCACGAAGAAGGAGGGCUGCACCAUCCUCUUCAUGAUGCUCUACUUCUUCAGCAUGGCCAGCUCACUGUGGUGGGUCAUCCUGGCUCUCACCUGGUUCCUGGCGGCGGGGAUGAAAUGGGGUCACGAGGCCAUCGAGGCUAACUCCCAGUACUUCCACUUGGCCGCCUGGGCCGUGCCCGCCAUCAAGACCAUCACCAUCCUAGCCGUAGGCCAGGUGGACGGAGACGUGUUGAGCGGGGUCUGCUUCGUCGGCAUCAACAGCGUGGACGCCCUGCGGGGCUUCGUCCUGGCGCCGCUGUUCGUCUACCUGUUCAUCGGAACCUCCUUCCUCCUGGCAGGCUUCGUGUCCCUGUUCCGCAUCCGGACCAUCAUGAAGCACGACGGCACCAAGACGGAGAAGCUGGAGAAGCUGAUGGUCCGGAUCGGGAUCUUCAGCGUGCUCUACACGGUGCCGGCCACCAUCGUCAUCGCCUGCUACUUCUACGAGCAGGCGUUCCGAGAGCAGUGGGAGACGACGUGGGUCAGCCAGACAUGCAAGACGUACGCCGUGCCCUGCCCGGUCCAGAACCACCCCAACAUGAGCCCCGACUUCACCGUCUUCAUGAUCAAGUACCUGAUGACGCUGAUAGUGGGCAUCACGUCCGGCUUCUGGAUCUGGUCUGGGAAGACACUGAACUCGUGGAGGAGGUUUUACACGAGACUGGCCCACAGUAAACAGGGAGAGACCACAGUGUGAUGGGGGUCCCUCCCCCCCCCCCAAACGUCGGCCCUCGCCCCACACAGACUGCUUACUGACAAACUGAAUGAUAAGCUACGGAGGAGGAUUAGGACCACAUGUGAGAAAAUGCAGUUCUGACCUUUUUCUUAGAAUUCUUUUUUGUUGUUGUUGUUUUUAAGUUAAAAAAAAGUCCAAAUUCAAACGUUUGUUUGUUUUCAAAGUAAAAAAAAAAGUCAGAAUUCUGCCUUUAAUGUCAGAAAAGUCAAAAUUCUCAAGAUCAAAAUCAAAAUCCUUAAAAAAAAAAAAACAAAGUCAAAGAAUUCUGACUUCUCUUAGUAUUCAGAUUUUUUUUUUUUUUAGGUUAAAAAAAGCACGCUUUUUUUCUCAGUAUUUUUUUUGCAGAUUUCUGAAUUCUGACUUUUUUGUUUGUUUUUAAGGGGGGAAAAAAUCCUAAUUCUGAGAUUAAACUCAGAACUCAAAUUUCUUCACAUGUGGCCUUAAUGCUCUGCCGUAUAAAUCCACUUCAUUAUAAUUCUUUUGAUUUUUUUUUUAUCAGGCUUACAGAGGAUAAUGCUCGGUAUGCUUUUUGUAAUGUACAUAUACAUUUGUGAGAUUUUUGUAAGUAUAUAUUUGUAUUUAAAGAUUGAAAGACUUGUUCUUAUUUUUUUUAAAACACCAUUUUUUUGAUACUUUGGACACCAUGGAGUUGUACUUAAUCAUCACAAAGAGCCAGCUGAGCGUUAAUGAUGCCGAGGUCCCAUGACCAGGCUUGCUGUAGACACCACUGGGAGUACCUCCCCCCCCCCCCCCCCCCCCAUGACCGGCGGGCUGUGGCUCUAUUCUAAGCAGAGUCCACUGAAACCCAAGUGCUUCCUCGUGGCUCCCCGCCGUUGUGCAGGAUGUU